CUAAAACCACAACCUAGAAAUGGCAAGCAAGUCUGCUCUUGCAUGCACACAUGCACAAUUAUUUUUAAGAAAUAAUUAAUCAGGUUAAUACAGGAAGCAGCUAUGACACAAAGCGGCAAGCAUGACAAACUUUUUUUGUCUGUGGAGGAACAUAUGUCUGUCAUAUCUGUUUUUGUUUGAUUUUUCUUCAUACGGUAUAAUUAUUUCAAAGUCUGCUUUGUUAUAAACAAGAUGGAACAAAACAUUGCUGAUUUUUUGAAGAGCGCAUUCCCAGAGACAGACUUUGAGCAAGUACACUUUGAUGAUGAUUUUAAAACAACACACAGUGAUGGUACACCACAGAGACAGACAGCAAUGGUGGACAACCACAAUUACAGAGACACCAGUGAACCUUUGGCUAUGUCUGCUCUAGAUUUCCCACAGAUUCCGAGCUCAACAAAUGCAAAUGAGGAAGAGGAAAUAAAGAACUGUUCUGAAAACAAUGAGGACUGUUUAUUAGAUGAACAAAGCAUGAAGAUGGCAUCUAUGGUCUAUAAUUCAUGGGAUGAUAACAAUUCAAUUGAAAAUAAGACUCAAGUUCAACAGCAGCAAAUGAACGUAUGUGAUGAGGAAAGUAGAGAGAGUGAAUUUAAGAUGCAUGCAGAAACAUCAGACCUCCAUCAGAUGGAAAACAAGCAAGAUCAGACAGAGGAUGUCAGUUUACUUGAAUUGGUUCCUACAAAAGGAACUCACCAUGAUCUGGGUGCAGAAUAUCACAUGGUAAUGGAAAAAACAACAUCAGAUCUAAUGUCCUGUCAGAUGCUGGAUAAACUUAAAAACAGAGUGGAUCCUGAACAUGUUUUUCAGUAUGCAAUGAAUGACAAUAAUUUUAGUGCCAUAGAGUCAGAAUUGCAUGAUUGCCCAAUAGUCUCAACAGAGGAUGAAUCUGAGGAUGAGAUACAAAUUUUUACAGAAGAUGAUCAUGUAAAAAAGGGUUUAGCAGAUUACCCUUCUGAUCUGUCUGAAAGUGUAAAUGAGGGCAACAGUGAAAGUCAUAGUAUACCAACUGAUAUAAGCAAGCAGAGUGAGACGCUGGUGGUACAUGAGAUAGAGAACCUAGCUACAACUACAACUCAUGAUGAUAUUCAAAAGGAAAGCAGAAUGGAUCCCCAAGAUAUGGCCACUCUCAAGAAUGAAGAGUUGGCUGUUGAGGCAAUUUCUAGUAAAUAUGAUUUCAAGCAUGAUUAUGAUCAUGUUUGUGUAAAUUACAAACUUUCCAAUGACAGUUUGGAAACCGAAAUAUAUAAUAAGAGGGUUUCAGACUGCUCUGAUUUUAGAAAUUAUGAGAAUUUUCAAACUAUUGCCAAAAUGGAAACAUACAGUGAGAAAUACAUAAAUGAGCAUCCUGACUAUGAUAGCGAUAUCAGCAGCCAUGGUGACUACAACAAAAGCCAUGGGGAAGAGGGUGAUCCUAUUUCUCAUACAUGCAAAGAGGUAAAGAAUCUAGAUCUCCCUGAACAAAAGCAUUCCUUCACAAAGGACUUGACUAGAGACUGGAAAAGCACUGAGUGUGACGAAGUGGAUAUAGAAGACACAGAUCAUCAGAGUCCUGGUAUAUGUGAUGUAGUAGGUUUGUCAGGCAUUACUACAUCUUCUGGAGCUGAAAUGGAAGACUCCAGGAUGGAAGAUUGUUGGACAAACUCUUCAGAAAAUCCAAACAGUAGUAGUGUGAGUGUACUGAAUCCUUCAGAGUACAUUUCAGUCAAGCUGAACCGAAACAACAAAGAACACAACAGUGGGCCAUUAGAAGUUUUGGACAUUGGAGAAAAUAUCAACUCUUUACUGCCUGAGACGUUUUGGUCCUUGAUGGCUGAGGACAAUCUAAAGCUUGAUGAAUAUGACUGGGACAUUAAUGAAGAAGAGGUUACAUGUGAUAGAGAAGAUUAUUUUUUGGAAGAGCUUGAAAAUGAUGGGUUGGAAACUGAGAGGGACUGGGAGAAGGAAAAAGCAAGAAUUGAAGCAUUUAACAGAUACUAUGGGUCUGUUGAAGGAGAGAUAAAUGAGGCAACAACAGGUAGGAUCCACAAAGUUAAGUUUUGUUUGGAUCCAGAAUCUUGUCAGUAUGGGGAGGACAGUGAUGGCAGUGAAGAAGAAGUGAGUAGUGUAAGUGAGUGGAAUUCUCCACAGUAUAGUUCAGUCAGACCAGAGCAAAGCAGCAAUGAACACAACCAUGAACCUUUAGAAGUUUCAGACAUUAGAGAAAAUAUCAGCACCUUAGAACCAAAGACAGUUUGGUCCUCAUCAUUACUGAUGGAUGAAGACAACCUGAAGCUUGAAAAAUAUGGUGAUGACAUUAACGGAGAUGACUUCCAUAAAAUUAAUUCAACUAUGGAGAUCUGUGAUGAAAAGGAAAAGCUUCUGGAGGAGCUGAAGAAUGUUGGUCAGGAAAGGAUGGACUGGGAGCAGGAACCGGACAGAAUUGAAGCAUUUAAAAGAUACUACGAAGAGCCUGUUGGAGGGGGACAAAAUAAGGUAGCAGUCAGGAGCCACAAAGUUACAUUAAGCUUGGAUCAAGAAUCUUCUCAAUAUGAGGAGGUUGAUGAUGAUGAUGAUGAUGAUGAUGAUGAUGAUGAUAGUAGUGAACAGGAAUCAAAUACAGAAGAUGAAAUAACUUUCAAAAAUCUGAAGACUGAGGACCAAAGUGAAUCUGAUGAACCAAAAGAGAGAUAUUCAUGCAGGCUAAAGGUCUUGCCAAAGGGAUUACAAAAGCCAGGCCAGAAGCUGAAGGAACAACAUAAGAGCUAUAGGUGUCUUGUCCUGCUGAAAUCAGCAUUAGCAGCGAGUCUGGUGACAGUGGUGGGAGUUCUGUCUUACUGGUGGGCCACAGACAGCCUGGACUGGAUCUACUGAAUUUACAUUGAUCUUGGCUGUUCAACAUGAUUAAAAACAAAUAAAUAAAAGUCAAGCCUCUCCAUGUAUGAUAAAGAAAUGUUUGUACAAGACCAAGUUAUGUUUGAAGAGCAUGCAUGUAAAUUACUCAGCAAAAGCUAAUGAACCAGACAAGCCAGUAGACUCAGAUAGAACCAACUUUAUUGCCUUACAGGAUGCUACCUAAUAUUGUAAUAUUUGCUUUGAAAUGCUUUGAAAUUUUUUUAAUGUCUUAUAACAUUGUCAUCCCUAAUUACUUAUGACCAUUUAAGAUAAAUGGAUUAGCGCACAACUUUUAAGUUGGCAAAGUAAUAUAUUUAGCAAUUGUAUGUGGUAUCUUGCCUUUUCAGGACACCUAAAUAGCUUGAAAAGUAAAAUUGACAUUAAUAAAACAUAAAAAAGCAUUCUAUAGUGUUUUUUUUUAUCUAAUAGGGGAGCAAUAUAUUCCCACAUCACUGUCUGUCUCCAAGAAAGCAAUAUGACUGCAGUUAAAGGGACAUAUUCAUUCAACGCUAUUCCUUUCUAAUUGGAAUGUUAUAUUUUUAGGUUUUUAUCAGCAAUUUAUAUUCCAUAAACAUGCCAUGCAGCAUAAAAUAUAUCAUGUGCAUGUUUUGCAAACUCUAAAAAACAGAUUGCACACAAUAGCAUGGAUAUAUCUCCUCUGACCAUCACCAGGGACUUCUGCAAAUAUUAAUGUGUUUCUUCUUGAAUUAUGUCUUUAUUAGAAAGUGCAUUGACUUCCAGUGUAGCUAUAAAAUUGAUUCCUCUCUCUUUCUACAGAUAAUACAUAUAAGUAUAAUAUACCUGUAAGGCAUACGCAGCUACAAAGUGCUUUCUGUUGUCUUAUCCUUUGGCUGAAAUAAUUUUUCCAAAAGAGCCUUUCCAUUUAAAGUUCCCAUUAAAUGCUUACAAUAAACACAUGCCCUGAUUAACGACUCAUUUUCAUUACAGUCUCAUGAUGCUUUUCAGAAAAAUAAACUAUCAAAUAAAUAAAUAUCUCAUAAAGCAAAAUUACAAUCAUACAGUAGUUAGGUAAUGUGCGUUUGAUAUAGUUGUGGUGCCCUCACAAACUAAAAAGAGGUUCCUUGUUUGAUUUUUAGUUAAAAUCCAUGCCAUUAAUGGAAUACACACAAUAUUUUCAUUUUGUAAGUGCAAACAUCCUCGUACUUAUCUGCCAUGUUAUUACUAAGGGUCUCUAAGUUUGCGGCCUUUCUUUAAAUUACAACAUUAAUGAUUCACUCUCUCUGCCAAUGUUUCAAUUGUAUUUGUGCAGUCAGUAGUCACACCCAAGAUAGGAAUUUCGUUAUCUAUGUUCAGCCUGCAAAGGACUCAUGUCGACAGCAUUCCUCCAAUGAUUUCAUAUGGUACACACAAAAG